AUGAUUCAAACAAAAUCUGUAUAUUUUCAGCUAGAACCAAUCAGACAGUCCUUUUGUGGUUCCCUUAGACGAGAUGCGCACUGGAAAUGUUUGAUUCUGACUGUGUUGAUGUUCGGAUGUCUCAUAGCAAUAGUGUAUUGUAGACUGGCUACCGUAACUACUUUUGUUGUCAACUUUUAUACUGCUUACAUACCGGAUACCAGAACAAAACAGACUAGCCCAUGUGACGCUGGUUAUAUUUACAUCCCCGUGGCUUUUGUUAUCAUGCUUUACUUUGUAUAUUUGGUCGAGUGCUAUCAUUGUCACACUAGAAUCGAAUUACAAUAUAAAGUGGAUGUUAACACUGUUUAUGACAAGAUAAAUAGUAUGAGAGAUGCCGUUCCGAUUUUGUGGUGGAAAGCUCUCUGUUAUCAUUAUGUUAGGAAGACACGACACAUAACCCGAUACAGAAAUGGAGAUUCCUAUACAAGUACCCAGGUCUAUUAUGAGAGAGUAAACACUCACACAGCUGGUUCUGCUUUUAAUUUCUCACGGUGUGGUGUAAAAGAUAUUUCACCAGUUUUGUCAAAAUUAGAAACAUAUCCUGCAACGAAAAUAAGGUUGUCUAAAGGAUACUCUUAUACAUGUUCUGAAUCAGAACAUGAAUUCGACGAACAAAGGAGUCGGUUUUUCAACGACAACGAAAGACGAGAUGAUUUUAUGGAAACGCGUGAAGGAAUGGAUUUAUUGAAUGUCAAUUUUAGGGAAUAUAUGAUAGCUUUUUCCGAUCCAGACAAUCUUCCUUGGUACGCGUCACAAGUUUUAUUUUGGAUCGCAUCGAUUUUGCUAUUAUCUUGGCCACUUCGUGUUGUAAUUGAGUACAAAACGGCUUAUAUACAUUAUCAUGUUCAUAAAUUGUUUGGUACACAUUACAUAGAUCCAGUUACAACAACAGGUCGAAUGACUCGAGUUAAUACCAUGGGAAGUGUAGAACUAGAACAGACUAUACAGAAAAACUAUGCAAUGAUACCAAGUUAUUCCGAAGCCUUAUUGAUAGCACCAGACAUGUCUUAUGAUAUUAACAAUUCACAAUAUAAAAGAACUCCUCGAAGUUUAACAUUUACUUCUUUGUCUGCCUUAUCGAAGACAGAUAAAGUUGAUGAAAAUCUGUCUGAUACGUCUCCUUUUAUAAAACGAUGCAAGAGUUAUUCUAUUGUAAACAAAGGCCUUGUUUUACAAAACUGUAUGCAUAUGGAUUCAAACUAUGCAACUUUUAGUUCGAGUACUUCAAGAUAUAAGCCUCGACGAAUGUUUACAUUAUUUCGGAGGGACGACGGUACACAGAGUAAUAUUUCCUCGCCGCAAUCACCGCAAGAUUUUUUUGUCCGAAUAAACCCAGCGACUUCUACAGCUCGGUUGACACGAACAAGUAAUAACAACAAUUUCUACAGGUCAACAUCAAGCAUAUCUGAAUUACCUGUCAAUAUUUCGCUUCCGGAACCGCCACCAUACAAUGAAGCAUUAGUGAUGACUCGUCCUCUGCCAAAAGUGAAACCUCCUUUACAUGAAACGGAUAGACAGCUAACACCCCAGUCUGAAAGCGUACCGUACUUAACAAUUAUGGAAACAUCUCUUUGAUUUUUAUAUAAAUAUUUUAUAUUUUUUUAAUC